UGGGAAGAUUGGAGAGAUUACCCCGACGACAGUUACUUGGCCAUUUGCGACAGUUGCCGUCGAGAUGAACUUCCAACGGCCGGUAUGGCGUUCAUUAAGAUGUGUUGCCAGUCAGCGAUGUCGGAGUUUCUCCCAGAUGCCUGGCUUCCCUGGUCAAGAUAGUCAGGCCCAAACUCCUCGUGGAUCAAUACCGAUGCCAUACAUCACAGAAGUCACAUCUGGCGGCUGGAGGACAUACGACAUUUUCUCCAAGCUACUCCAGGAACGGAUAGUAUGCCUCAACGGCCCCGUCGACGACACCGUCUCGGCCUCUAUCGUAGCCCAGCUCCUCUGGCUCGAGUCCGACAACCCCGAUAAGCCCAUCACCAUGUACAUCAACUCGCCCGGCGGCUCCGUCACGGCGGGGCUCUCCAUCUACGACACCAUGAGCUACAUCAACUCCCCCGUAUCUACUGUGUGUCUUGGUCUAGCGGCAUCCAUGGGCUCGCUGCUGCUCGCCGGCGGCGAGAAGGGGAAGCGCUACGCCCUGCCCCACAGCAGCAUCAUGGUCCACCAGCCCUUGGGCGGUAUGCAAGGGCCCGCGGCCGACAUUGUCAUUUACGCCAACCAGAUCCAGCGUACGAGGGAACAGCUGAAUGAGAUCUAUCGGAAACAUUUGAAUACGGCGCAUGGUACGGAGAGGUAUGGACUAAAGGAGAUUGAGGAUAUGAUGGACAGGGAUAAGUACUUGACGGCGGAGGAGGCCAAGGAAAUUGGCAUUGUGGAUGAGAUUCUGACAAAGAGGGUGAAGGGGAAGAAGGAUGGCGAAAAGCCGUCAGGAGAUGGCGAGAAGUCCUGAAAAUAUUGAGAUAAAGAUGAAAUCAUGACAUCAAAUAUCAACAGUAGGUUUAUCACUGCAUAGUGCUGCUGCUAUGUUUGAUCAAGGCUAUUGGGUGUCAACCUGGCCACAUCUGAUAGCUUGUAAUAUCUUGGGCCACGGUAUUGCUAGGAAUGGAAUAUGUGCCAAUCAUGGCAUAUCUACUUCAGGACUGUUCAAG